GUUAAUGUUCUUCGCAUUCGCUGUUCAGCCAGUUACCCUGGCCGGAUAUGUGAUCACGCCUCUUAUUGAUGUGUUCUCAAUUUUUUGAUUAGUAAUUAUUGUGGUUGUAACUGUAAAAAAAUAUACAUACCUAUAUAAGUUGCUACUGGUGUAUAUUCCAGAAAACCAUGGACGAAAUAAAUCAGACAGAGUACUUCCAAUCAAGAUGUGGGUCGACUGGCCCAUAUCCGAGACACCGUACUAUGAAUUAACGUUUACUUUUCAGGUGAUAUGCACAUUCUUAAUUGGCAUCGCGUACGUUUGCCCUGAUGUGUUUUUAUGCGUCUUUAAUUUGCACGUGAUGGGUCAAUUUCGUAUACUACAAUACAGAAUGUUGAAUUUCUGGAACGUUGAAGACAAAGAAAUGAAUGCAUUCACAUACAUCGAUCAUUGUUAUGCAGCUUUGAAGAAGUGUGUACAACAUCAUCAGUUACUUAUUGAGUUCUGCGUGAAGCUGGAUCAAGUGUAUACCAUGUCGAUUUUUGUGCACAUGGCAUUUUUAAGCGUGUUAAUGGGUUUGGACUGCUAUGAAAUACUCGUGGCGGACACAAAUACGUCGAUACGUCUGAUUUUCAUAUUCCACAUAACUGGCAGCCUAAUUCACCUUUUUGUCUUUACGUACACUUGUCACUUUAUGAUGGAAGAAAGCACCAACGUUACUAGAACGAUAUAUUCAGGUUCAUGGAGCACUUUGCCAAUGUACAAAACUGGCAGAUCGUUACGAUCGGAUAUAAGAUUCAUUAUGAUAAGAUCAUUGAAACCGUGCUGUCUGACUGCUGGUGGAUUUUUUCCCGUGUCUUUGGAGACUUUUACCUCGCUUUUAAGUUCUACAUUUUCGUAUUUUACCUUGAUGAGGGAGUCUUUAAUCAGAACCGAGGGCGAAUAGUAUACAAAACAGAAUAAUAUGUAUUAACAGCGACGCUAGGAAUAUAUGUAUAAAAGUGAAGGAAAAUAAUUUGAGAAUGAUUUUUAAUGUACUAAAGCUGUCAUACACAAUAUAUGUUCUCCACUUUUCAUGUAUAGUAAAAUAUACAUAUAAUGUGCACGUUACAAGGAGUACGAAAAAUUUUCUUUUUCUACCCAAGUAGAGGAAAAUAAUAAAUCACGUACCAGCUUC